AUGAGCAAUAGACCAAAUAAUUUUAAAAUACCGCAGGCCUUGACUGCGGGAAAUGUUGCAAGACAUUAUGUGGACCGUCUCCUUGACGGAGAGCGGCCUACUUCGGUGGUAACACCAAAAAAAGCUCCUAAACGGAGUGCGCCAACGGCACAAGCACGCCCAGUUGCGGGAGGGAAGUAUCGGGCAGCCACACCAAGUCACUCGAAUGUGGUCAAAGCCGGCCAAGCGGGACGGGCUAAAAACCAAUUACCGCAACUUGGUCAGCCUGGGGCCCGGGAUAACCCUAACCGUAAGGGGCUGAGCGGGGCCAGAACGAAGUGGUAUCUUCGUUACCUUCAGCAGGGCAAGUCACCCGCAGAAGCUUUGUCUCUGGCCAAAACACCGCAGCCGCUAGAGCAAAAGCCCAACUCUGCUUCGAAGCGGGCAAACACCACCCUGACGCCUCCGACGGAAACGCCUAAGAGGCAGAAGGUGGAGAAGAGCAGGCAACUGACUGCUCUCUUCGAUGGCCCAAAUACCUCAAGGACUGCAAAGGCAACUGAGGUACGCAAGCCAUCAUAUGCGACCGUAACUGGGGCCAUUAAGGUUGCGGUCGUACCAGAGGGGUACCCCAAAGUCAUCCUCAGCAGUGAGAACCUCUCACAGCUGGAGGAAAUAGUCCUCUCCGGUUGGGAUUCUCCAAUCAAGAUUGGAGGAAUCCACUUCAGGGUGGGCCACCUGAUAGUGGACUGCCGCAACGCAACCACUGCUGAGUGGCUGCAAUCAGCAGUCCCCAGCCUCAGUAAGUGGAGCGGUGUCUCCCUGGAGGUAAGGAUGGGCGACGACCUGCCAUCGUCACACAACAUCACCGUCUUCUGCCCCAGGACAGGGGACAAAAUAACAAAGUGGAUCAUGGAAUUGAUCAAGAAACCAAAUGACUUGGACACUGACAACAGGCGUCUCAUAUCAAGGAAGAAUGAGGGUGGUGGCUCGCUCCUCAGCCUUGGGAUUGAUGACAACUCAUGCGCCAAGAUUAUUUCUAGUGACCACAAGCUGAGCUUCAGGUUUGGGGACAUCUCAGAUCUGGCGGAUGAUGAGGAUCUUGAUGCGACCAUCAUCGAGAGGGGGGAUCAGACCACGUUAUCUUCUCAGGAGCUAGGCAUGGAACUAGACCUGCUGAGUAAGGAAGAAGCGAUACCGGUGGAUGGUGAUCUGGGUAUCUCCAGAUCAGCAACGCCGACGAUGAAGCCGAUCAUCUAA